GCAUGCUUUCCAUUUGUGACUACUUUGUCGUUGAUAACAGACAUGACGAACUGUUUUGUUUGGAGAUGGAUUUCUGGGGGAGCAAGAUUACUGUCUGUCAAAAAGGGUCUGUAAAAAGAGUUUGAGGUUUUUCGCGCACCACACUUCUCCUUCUAUAGCUGACACCGCAUGACACACUCAGCGGCUCGCUCAGGCAUCCGUAGUCAUCUCAUAGAGCCGACCGGCUUGGCCAAGGUUACCGUAUCCCAUGAGCCACUCCAAUGUACUAACGGUCCGACAGUGUCUAAUCAGGCGUCGAGCAAAUACAACAACCCAAGUAUUCUCCACAGACGACUAGCAUAUUGUAUUGUUUUGCGACCGAUUUCUUGCACGCAGCAACGCUAUCACACCUCCCCACAUCAUGGCAGAACUAUCUUCAAGAAUGCAAAAGCCAGUGUCGGCCAUCUUACCCAAGAUCGCAGCAACCAUCUCCGAACGAACCAGCACGACUCCUAAAAUUGACCUCGCUACCGCAGAGAAUUGGCUCCUCCGACCGGAGAUCCUAGACAUCUGCAAAGAGGCCGUACAAAGCAGCCUUACGUUGGCACAUCUGUCCUACCCUGCCGGCUUCGGCGGAGAUCCCAAGCUCCAAGCGACUCUUGCUACUUUCUUUAACAAAUACUUCAAUCCUGUAUCCGAAGUACGAACGCAGGACAUAGCCGUGACGCCUGGAGCAAGCAACUGUCUAGACUCAUUGCUUUUCAGCAUCUGCGAGGUUGGCGACAGUAUAUUGGUUGUCGCCCCAUAUUGGAGUGGUUUCGACUUCCAUUUCGUGCUCCGUCCAGGGAUCAAGAUCAUUCCAGUUUAUACCGAGUCUUGCGAUCGCCUCAACGAGCCCAACCGUCUCUUGUCAGACUCUUUGGUCCCCGCUCUUGAGGAAGCUCUGCGGACGUGUGAAGAUGCGGGUCGUGUAAAGGCGCUUGUACUGAGUAAUCCGCAUAAUCCAUUUGCGCGAUGCUAUCCGGAGCAUGUUCUGGCUGAAGCUAUCCACUGGUGUGCAGAUCAUAAACUGCAUUAUGUUUCUGACGAAGUAUACGCCCUGUCUGACUUCUCCCGCGAGAACGAUACACCGGAUGGCAAUGGAGACAUGCCACCGAAUGAUGAGAAAUCCCGCGAUGAAGUUAAUGACACCGUGAUCGAAGCAAAUCCCGCUACACCAUUCAUAUCCGCACUCGCCCUCCAUCUCGACGCUGAAAAAACACCGCCCAUCAGCAUCAUCUGGAGCACAUCCAAAGACCUCGGCUCCAGUGGCUUCCGAAUGGGCGUUCACGUGUCUCGCAUGCGCACUCCAGCACUCCAAGACAAUGGCCACACCGACGAAAACCACAUCCCCGAGUCCAGCCCUUCGUUACUCACAAUAUCCCUCGCUCUCUUGUCGACAACCCAGCUCCCGACAAUCUCCAUGCUCCUGACACAUGCGCUGCUCACUUCUGCUUCUUUCGACACACUCGUGACACAGAACCGGCAACGACUGCGCCGCCACCAUGGAGUUGUCACGCGAAGGUUACAAGGCUGGGGCGUGCCCUUCGUUCCGGCAACGAGCGGGCCGUAUCUACUUGCGCAGCUCGGUGCUAUAAUGGAGGGUUCGCAACAACAGGAUCGCAAGGACUCGCCGGUCGCCGAUGAAACUGCGCAGAAUGGACUUAGUGAACGAGGAAGAGUAUCUGACUUUCAAGGCCGCGAUGUGGCGGAGGUAUUGCGGAGCGAAGCUGGUGUACUUGUAGCGCCCGGGCAGUCUUUCCACAUGCGCGGUCAAGGGUUGGAGCUGGGCUGGGUGCGGAUCACGUUUGCUGUGCCAAUGGAAGUUCUCGAAGAUGGACUAAACCGUAUUGAAAGCACGCUGGAGCUGGGAAAAUCUAAAAAGCCUAGAGGCGAAGUCGUGUAAGUAAAGCUAGUCAGCCACAUCGAAAUUCUGUUGCACCAGCACGCUGUGAAGGAAGC